CAUUUCCGUAUCCUGAAGCCUUUUUUUCAGAUUUUCCUUUUAAUUAUGUGCAAACUAAGUUAAUUAGCUCACUCGUGCAUAAACUGUAGGUACUUGCAGACAUUAAUUACGAUGUGGGUCGCUUUUGCUUUUAUUUUAUUGGCUUCAAAAGCUGCACAUGGACAGCAGCACUGCAUACCCGGUGCUUUUACGGCUUGUGAUCCCACUCUUUCGAGAGAAGAAAAGAAUAAAGCAAGAGAUGUUGGACUGACACCCACCGAAGAGGAGCUCAGAGAGAUAUGCCCGAGUUUGCAAAGAAAUAAGAAUUGCAUGGUUGAGGAGAUAGAAAAGUGCGGAGAAGCUGAAACUGCGGAACACGAGGGCUUCGUUGAAUUCAUAAAAGGAUCAAAGGCAGUCCUUGAUGAACUGUGUGACGAAGGCUCAACUUUGCACGCAAGUAAGCUGCUAACGGAUUCGAAAUUCAUAUCUUUUG